UGACAGAAAUAACGUCAGAGGAAGUGAAGAUAGGACUUGUGGUUGGUUACUUUAGUAACAAAGCAGCUCCGGGGAGGGAGAAACACAACAUUCAGAAGAUACUUUUGAAGAAAAACAUGGAUGAGCUCGAUUUGUUGUUGGAGGAGCUAGCCCUCAAUCCAUCUGCUUCAAAAGGCUCUAAUGCUGAAGAGGUUUCAGGUGCAACCAACACUGGACGCAACAGCGGGAUUUAUGUAAUAGUCGACAGUAUUAAGACACCCCCACCUCAGGCAGCUUCAAAAGACUCACCUAAAGGACUGGACUCCAUUUUAGAAGAUCUGAUCAGCCUUGACUCAGAGGAGGCAGAGGCUUCACCACUUCUACAGAAGCAGACUCUUGAGAAGAAAAAAAAUGGCGCUCAACUGGAUUCCGGUGCAAAGCCUUCAGCUGGGGGCAAAGAUUCAGAGAACAUUGAUGAUCUUCUUGGAGGACUGAACACUGACUUGAAAAAGAUGGGAGUGCAUACCGUGCCCAAGGGCCACUGUGCUGCCUGUAACAAAGUUAUUGUGGGGAAGAUGGUUACAGCAUUGGGUGAAACGUGGCACCCCCAUCACUUUGUGUGUGUGGCGUGUAAGACUGAGCUGAGCACCACAGUGUACUUUGAGAAGGAUGGACGUCCAUACUGUGGCAAAGACUUCGAGCAGCUCUGUGCUCCACGCUGUGCAUACUGCACCAGGCCUAUUACGCAGAAUAUCUUGACAGCUCUAGACCAGACGUGGCAUCCAGAUCACUUCUUCUGUGCUCACUGUGGAGACAUCUUUGGAGAUGACGGUUUCCUGGAGAAGGAUGGGAAGCCUUAUUGUUCCCGGGACUUCCAUCGACUCUUUGCACCUAAAUGUGCUGGCUGUGGGGGGUCAGUGAUGGAUGAUUACCUGUCUGCAGUCAAUGCUACAUGGCACCCGGAGUGCUUUAUUUGCACGGACUGUCUAAAGCCCUUCUCCGACGGCCGUUUCAUGGUACUGGACGGGCGCCCGCUGUGCGAGGCUGACUUCAACUCACGUCAGGGCACCCUGUGCGGAAGUUGCCAUCAACCCAUCGUGGGCCGCUGCAUCUCGGCCAUGGAGAGCAAGUUUCACCCGGAGCACUUUGUGUGCGCCUUCUGUAGCCAGCAGCUCACCCAAGGAAUUUUCAAGGAGCACAAAGGCAGCCCGUAUUGCCAGAGGUGCUUUAACAAACUCUUUGUAUGAAGUGUAAAAGGAUAAAAAGAGCAACUAAUCAGUUUGAGUCAACUACUGCUUUACUGCACAGGUCUUAAACCUGAAGAUACUGUGGAAACAUUUUCACUUUUAUGCCAAUGGGAAUGAAUAAAGUUUGAAUU